CACUCCUGUAGUCGUGUUCCAAUCAAUUACUCAAUAUAUACGUAACUUUCUUCUAAGAAGGAAUGAGUCCUCCCACCACAGAGAUACUAGUUUCGUAUAGAGACUACAUGGAACGCCAUACAAGGCAAAAUGGAUUAUCCAUUAACUUUUGCGAUCUUCUUGUCAAUACAGCUUGUGUUGCUUCUAGCUCAAGCUGAUCAGUCACCUUUGAUAUACAGCUUCUGCGGCCAGAACGGUAACUACACCACCGGUAGCACCUAUCAGACAAACCUCAACAGCCUUCUCGGUUCUCUUUCCUCCACCGGCAAUGACAACGGCUACGGCUUCUACAGUUCGUCCGUGGGAGCAGACUCCGACAAAGUUAACGCAUUCGGCCUCUGCAGAGGAGAUGUCAAGGCCGACGAUUGCGAAAGUUGCGUCAGGCAAGCUAGUGAUCCUCUCAGAAAAGCUUGUCCUGUCCAGAAGGAGGCUAUUAUAUGGUACGACUAUUGCAUGUUACGUUACUCGAAUGAAUCACUAUAUGGCACUGUGACAACUAUACCUGCUGUGUUUCUGUCCAAUGUACAAAACGUUACGUCACCGGAGGAGUUCAAUCGGCAGCUGAAGAUAUUGUUGGAAGGACUAAUUACUGAAGCUGCUGCAGGAGGUACUGACCGGAAGUUUGCACUUGGCACAAACACAACCGCUAGCCUUGUGAAAAUAUAUGGACUUGCACAGUGUUCUCCGGAUUUGUCUCCGGAAGAAUGUACCCAAUGCUUAAAUGCAGGUUUAGGAAAAAUCCCACUGUAUAGUUAUGGGAAGAUUGGUGGGAAUGCUGUUGUACCAAGUUGUAUCUUGAGGUAUGAAGUUUACAACUUCUUUUACCCCACGGGCGAGGCACCCUCUCCAUCGCCGCAGUUAGAAACUCCAGCCUCUCCUCCUCCUCCUCCACCAUCAGGAAAGAAGGAUACAUCUCAUAACGUCAUAACUGCUGUGACAGUCAUUGUUUCUUUGAUACUGAUUGCAUUGGCAAUUUGGAUUUAUCUGAGAUUUUGGAAGACAAAGAGACCACCUGAAGAAGUAGAUGAAAUUAUGAGCGCAGAAGCCUUGCAAUUCGAGUUUGAAUCCAUUAGGGUUGCUACAAAUAACUUUGCUGAAGCAAAUAAGCUUGGACGAGGCGGAUUUGGUGCUGUUUAUAGGGGUAGGCUUUGGAACGAAGAGGAGAUAGCAGUUAAAAGGUUGUCCAGAGAUUCUGCACAAGGAGAUAUAGAAUUUAAAAAUGAGGUGCUCCUAGUAGCAAAGCUUCAACAUCGAAAUUUAGUUAGGCUCCUUGGUUUCUGUUUGGAGAGAAAUGAAAGACUACUUGUCUAUGAGUUUGUUCCAAAUGCUAGUCUGGAUCAUUUCAUAUUUGAUCCAAUCAAGCGUGAACAACUGGACUGGGAUAUUCGCUACAAGAUCAUAGUAGGCAUUGCACGAGGGCUCCUUUACCUUCAUGAAGAUUCUCGUCUUAGAAUUAUCCAUCGUGAUCUCAAAGCAAGUAACAUUUUAUUAGAUGCAGAAAUGAACCCCAAAAUUGCAGAUUUCGGCAUGGCAAGAUUGUUUAAUAUCGAUCAAACACAAGGUGAAACUAGUCGUGUUGUGGGAACCUAUGGAUAUAUGGCUCCUGAGUAUGUAAUGCGUGGACAUUUUUCUGUGAAAUCCGAUGUCUAUAGCUUUGGUGUGUUAGUUUUGGAGAUAGUAAGCGGUCAGAAAAACAGUUCUUUUUGCCAUGAUGGGAACUUGGAGGAUCUUCUAGGUUAUGCAUGGAAUAGUUGGAGAGAGGGCACAUCUUCAAAUAUGAUAGAUCCCAUGUUGAGGACUGGUUCAAGGUCCGAAGUAGUGAGAUGCAUCCAUAUUGGAUUAUUAUGCGUUCAACAAAGCAUAAGUGAUAGACCAAACAUGGCUGCAGUUAUGCAAAUGCUUACCAGCAACUCUGUUGAUCUCCCAGUACCCUCACAACCAGCAUUUUUCAUGUAUAAUCAGGGCAUUGGAUCCUCAUCCGACAUGUCGUUGGGAUUUGAGAGUUACUCUGGAUUGACUGGGUCUGAUCAAUCCAAAACUCACUCUGCCCACGAACGUAUACAAGCUGCGGAUCCAGGAUACGGACGUCCUAUCUAGGCUAAUUAGCAAUGUAUUUUUUUUAUAAAGAAUAAUUUACGAUAGAACAUUACCAAUUCACCUUUAGUUAUCAAAUAUGGAUGCAGCAUGUAACUUAAUUUUGCAACAAAUUAAAUAAUGUAUAAUGGCUUA